AUGGAGCAACUCAAUUUUACUAUGCUCAGCACCAGCACCUUUUCUACAGAACUCCAAACUAUCCCCUCCUGGAAACCAGGUGGUCUGAUCCCUGUGAUGGUGUACACCUUCUGCUUUCUUCUGGGAGUUCCUGGAAACAUCGCAGUGAUUCUUGUCAAGCCUAACUUUCAGAAUCUGUCCAGUCUGAGCCAGAGUUUGGUGUUGAAUCUGGCUGUGUCUGACCUGCUCUGUCUGCUGACCUUUCCAAUAUGGAUAUACAGUAUUUUCUAUGGAUGGAUAUUCCCACUGGUGGUAUGUAAGCUUCUAAAAUACCUUGUGAACUGCGGCAUUUAUAGCAGCCUGCUGACUGUAACUGCAUUGAGUGUCCAACGCUACAUGGUCGUGGUUCGCCGACAGAGGUGCAAUCAUGUGCAAAAAAGAGUGCUGCUGGUUCUGCUCUGGGUGGUUGCUAUCAUCCUUUCCUUUCCUAUUUUGGUGGUUCAGCAGCUGAAAACAUAUCAGCAAUCAACACAUUGCAAACCUGAGUUUACUUCUGAGACACAGUGGGUAGUUUUGUUGCUAAUGGAAAACCUAUUGUUAUUUGUUUCUUUUUCUCUCAUGGUUUUUGCAUAUAUUCGCUUGUACAGGAAGGUAAACCAGGCAGCUUUUUUCAACCAUCCACAGACAACCCGAUUGAUGACCAGCAUCAUUGUGAGCUUCUUUGUCCUGUGGAUUCCAUUUUUUACGAUAAACAUGCUGGGUGUGGCAGCUAUAUGUCUCAAAAAUAUUGACUUGUUAAACUUUUGUAUAGACCUUUGGGACUUUGCCAUUUCACUUACAUUUGUAAAUAGCUGGCUGAAUCCCCUGAUGUAUGCUUUUGCUUAUCAUAAAAUGUGCACUGUCUGCCAACAAAAUGUACCAAACUCUGGAAAUUGA